UGCUGCCAGUCCUGCUGCUGUACCCCCUCCUGCUGCCAGUCCUGCUGCUGUGCCCCCAGCUGCUGUGUCCCCCUCUGUUGCGCUCUUCCCUGCUGCGCCCCCGCCCCUUGCCUGACUUACAUCUGCACCCCUGUGAGCUGUGAAUCCAAUGCCUGCUGUCAGGAGGCCUGUGUAUCCAGCCCCUGCCAAUCAACCUGCACCAGCUCCUGUGGGCCCUCCUGCUGCCAGCCCACCUGUUGCACACUAUCCCCUUGCUGUGUGCCCCUCUGCUGUACUUCCAUCUGCUGUACGCCCGUCUGCUGUACGCCUGUCUGCUGCAAGCCCGCCUGCUGUGUACCCGUCUGCUGUGGGGCCGGCCCCUGCUCAUCCUCCUCAUGCUGCCAGCCCUCUCCCUGUGCCCCCUCCUGCUGCAAACCCUCCUCCUGCAUGUCCCUCAUCUGCCAACCCGUGUGCAAGCCUGCCUGCUGUGCCCCUGCCUCCUCCUCCAUGUCCCUGCUCUGCCGCCCUGCAUGUCCCCGCCCAGCCUGCUGUGGGGGCCAAAAGUCCUGCUGA